AUGGUGGCCUCGACCGAUCGGGUUCGUGCAUGGUUUGAGCUGGCCAAGUCGUGUAUGUCGGACUCAGAUUGGAAGGUGGCUGCCACCAUUCCCAAUGCCUCCCUUUCCCAUCGUGAAUGGGGAGAGCAAGGAAUCCGCUUGAUCAGAUUCGACCUCAGGAAUGUCUUUGUAAAGGAUGCUCCAGAGAAGCCCUGCGAGCUGUUUGUGAGGCCCGAGGUGAGAGCGCAGUAUGGCCAUUCGGUCUGGAAGGAGAAGGAGGAUGCCACGAUGCAGUGGCAACAGACCCUUGCUUUCGCUUUUCAGAAAUUUGAGCUCGACCUUUUUGGGGUACAGAGCACCUUCUUUUACAGCCUGCAACCCACCUUGACGCGCUCACGACUCCGCAGAGACUUUCCAAAGACAGGGGACUGUGCCUAUGCAGCCUUUCAGGAUGUGCAUGGAACUGGACAGGACCCACUCUCAACCGCAGGUGAGCCCAACCGCUUUCGAGUGGUCUUGACCUUCAGCACGCCGGAUGAACAGUGGGCAUCAUGGGCGUCACCGUUCUUCACAACGCUCCUGGGGAUGGUGCAACAAGCGAGCACCCGAUUCUUGAACCGCCCUGGGAUAGCAGACCUUCGCCAGCUGGAUCAGAAGAUGUACAUCACCCUUGGCUUGCGAAACUAUCACCGUGGACCGCCCAUGAUUCCUGAACACAUUGGUGCCGAGAAGGGCCAGGCCGCGUUCGAUGUGACGAUUUCGGGUGGACAAGAGUUGGGCUUGGCUUUCUGGAAGCGCUGGCUGGUUUCCGGGGCAGACGGCAAGUUCCGCCUAGCCGAGUAUCUCCAGCGCUUCCUGCAGCAGUUGGGACACAACGUGCCCGUCCACGAGACACUGGAUGGCAGAAGAUUGGUGCCAUACCAGUGUGUGAUGCUGCGACAGGAGACGGUCGAAAAGAGACGAAAAGAGACAAAUGUGGAUAAUCAAUGCAGACUGCAGACUCUUGAUUAA